AUGAAAGACAAGGAACUUACUCAUCAUGGAUGUAUUGGGGAUCCAAUGAAAGACAAGGAACUCACCCAUCGUGGAUGUAUUGGGGAUCCAAUGGGGGACAAGGAACUCACCCAUCAUGGAUGUAUUGGUGAUCCCAUGAAAGACAAGGAAGGCACCCAUCAUGGAUGUAUUGGUGAUCCCAUGAAAGACAAGGACCUUACCCAUCAUGGAUUCCAAAGUCAGCUGUACGACCCUCUGUACAAAGAACUGAAAUCACGAGACACGAAAAACACCAUCCCUGUCAGCUCUAAAGGCGACACACUCAACGUGACCAUCAGCUUGACCGUAUUGAAGAUAUCAUCGCUGAGCUUAAGAACAGGGGAUGCGGAACUUGACACGUGGAUCUACUACGAGUGGUUUGACAACAGACUAACUUGGGAGCCCUCGGAAUACGGAGACAUUUCCGCUAUCAGACUCCCUCCCUCUGAUAUAUGGCGCCCUGACAUAGUUCCCUACCGUGGACAUGCUGAUGUCACAGAUGCCCCUGUGGUUUUGUUCAACAGUGGACUCGUGUACUAUACACCACCAACAACCACCAAGACACGAUGUGAUGUUUCCAAAUACUCAUCUGACGACACUGUGAAUUGUUCGGUGAAGAUUGGAUCCUGGACGUAUAGCGGGAACAUCAUGGACGUCCAAAACAAGACCUCCGAGAUUGACGUCUCAGAGUACUACCAUGAUGAUCAAUGAGACAUAAUCGAACAUUCCAUGCGGAUAAAUGUUGCCUACUACAAAUGUUGUCCCGAACCCUACCCUUCCAUCAUUGCCACCAUGACUUUGAAGGCUAAAAGACAUGGUCUUUUGGGCUGGAGUAUGUUUCACUGAAUAGGAUGCAGUAGUUUUACAAAUAAGGCAUGAAUGUGAUUAAAACUUGAUUCCAUUUAAAGAAACGCUAUAUUCUUAGUUUAUAGCAGAGGUGAUUCACGUGGCUUUGGCAGCGAUUGCGUAUUACCAGUAACGUGAUUUAAACUUAUAUAAAUUUGAACUUAAACAAAUGAAGUGAAUUCAUUGAGAGUCGAAAAUAUUUCCUUCUUGAAAGACCAAAACUAAAUAAUGUCAAUCGAAGCUACGUUUUAUUGAGUAUAAAAUAUAUAUGAAUAAGUUUGAAAAUCUUAAACAUUAAAGAGACUUCUCUUUACUACAAA